AUGGCUCGACGUAUAGAUCACCAUGAAAUAUUAUCGGCACUUAUGGAUGAUAGUGAGGGCGCCACAGAUAAGCUAUAUUUACCCGGAAGUGAAGGCGAUUCGGAUCAUUUGAGUACUCAAUCUGAAAGUGACAUCGAAGAGGAUGUAGAGGACGUGGACAUUUCUUCAGGAGGCGAGUCUUCUAGCUCGCAAGGCUUUCAUAUUGCAGGAUUGUAUCGUUCUGGGAGACAAAACCUCAAUGACCUCUGGGCUUCAGACGGUACUGGAAUCGAAAUAUUUCGAUGCACGAUGUCUAAAAAUCGAUUCUCGUACUUACUAAAUAAUAUGAGAUUCGAUGACGCUAUAACUAGAGAAGACAGAAUAAAGUCUGAUCGUUUAGCACCUAUCCGAGACAUAUUUGAAACCUUUGUCCAGCUUUGCCAAAAUGUGUAUAAACCAUCCGAAUACCUAACUCUUGAUGAAGAAUUGGUUGCCUUUCGAGGGAAGUGUGGAUUUCGGCAGUAUAUCCCAUCAAAACCCGCAAAGUACGGAAUUAAAAUAUAUGCCUUAGUCGACGCUAAAACAUUUUACAUCGUGCAUUUAGAAAUUUACUGCGGCAAACAGCCAGACAACAGUCCGUUUGCGUUGAGCAAUAAACCAAUUGACUUAGUCAAUCGUAUGGUAAACUGCGUUUCCGGCUCGUCAAGAAAUAUUACUAUGGACAAUUUCUUUACCAGUCAUGAAACUGCUAACAACUUGUUGCAGAAACAUAAAUUAACGAUAGUUGGUAAUUUGAGAGCUAAUAAAGCUUGCAUUCCGUUAUGUUUCAAGCAAUCUCGAGAGGAAUAUGCAUCACGGUUUGGCUUUUAA